CUGUGCCAGUCAGUGAGUGAGAGCGGAUCCCGGGAGCCGGAGGCGCAAUGACUCUGUUUCACUUCGGCAACUGUUUCGCCCUGGCCUAUUUCCCCUACUUCAUUACGUACAAAUGCAGCGGCCUGUGAGUGUCUCCCUAGCGGGGUGGGGGGGGGUCCCACAUUCCCGGGGUAACCUCUAAUCCGUGUGUCUCUGUAUAACAGGUCCGAGUACAACGCCUUCUGGAGGUGCGUUCAGGCCGGGGCCACCUACCUGUGUGUGCAGCUGUGUAAGAUGCUGUUCCUUGCGACUUUCUUUCCUACAUGGGAGGGGGCUGUUGGUGCUUAUGACUUUAUUGGGGAGUUCAUGAAGGCCACCGUGGACCUGGCAGACUUGCUGGGGCUGCAUUUAGUUAUGUCCCGGAAUGCAGGAAAGGGGGAGUAUAAGAUAAUGGUAGCGGCUAUGGGCUGGGCCACCGCAGAACUUGUCAUGUCAAGGUGUCUCCCCCUGUGGGUCGGAGCGAGAGGGAUAGAGUUUGACUGGAAAUACAUUCAGAUGAGCAUCGACUCCAACAUCAGCCUGGUCCAUUACAUGGCGGUCGCCGCUCUCGUCUGGAUGUGGACUCGCUACGACCUCCCCACGCAUUACCGGCUGCCCGUUACCGUGUUAUUGGGGCUCAGCAUGUAUAAAGCCUUCCUUAUGGACUGCUUCGUACACAUAUUCAUCAUGGGCAGCUGGACGGCGCUUCUGCUGAAAGCCGUGAUCACUGGGGUCCUGUCGCUCAGCUGCCUGACUCUCUUUGUCAGUCUCGUUCAUGGGAACUGAGUCCGUUAUUGCACAGCGGCUCCGCCCCUUGCGCCUCCGGGGACCCGGACAGACCAAUGACUGUGCCCUUGGACUAUUCUGGCAUUUUUGACCUAAAUUAAUUUUGUACAAAUUUCUAUGGAAUAAAGAAGUGGACCACAAA